AUGGCCAAAUCGCCUGAACUGGAACAGGUAAUCACGCUGGUAAAGACAAGGGAAGUCGAUGAGUCGCAGGGAGCUACGGAAGGCGGGCGCCGCUCCUUUGAGCAAAUGGUCGACGGGUUCACCAUCGACGUUGCGGCCAGGUACAGCCGCGUUAACGCCGGUGGCGUCACGGCGGAAUGGGUAGCGGCCGACGGCGCAUCGGACAGCAUGGUUGUCCUGUACUUUCACGGCGGCGGCUACAUUAUCGGAUCGCCCAGGACCCACCGACCAAUGCUGGCGCACCUGUCCAGGGAUUCCGGGGCCAGGGUGCUGUCGCUGGACUAUCGCCUCGCACCUGAGCACCCAUUCCCUGCGCCCGUGGAGGACGCUGUGGCCUCCUACCGCUGGCUUCUGAGCGAGGGCUACGACCCGUCCAGGAUUGCCCUUGCCGGGGAUUCCGCCGGCGGCGGCCUUACAGUGGCGGCGCUGGUGCAGAUUCGCUAUCUAGGGCUACCGGUACCUGCCGCGGGAGUCUGCGUGUCCCCGUGGGUGGAUAUGGAGGGACUGGGUGAGUCCAUGGAGACCAGGGCCGAGGCGGAUCCCAUGAUCGUGAGGGAGGGAUUGCUCCUGUCCGCCAAGACUUACCUUGGUGGCGCCGAUCCGCGGGCGCCACUGGCCGCGCCGCUGUACGCCGACCUGCGUGGGUUGCCGCCGUUGUUGAUCCAGGUGGGUGACGCGGAGGUGUUGCUGGACGACUCCACGCGCCUUGCCGGAGUCGCGCGCGAGGCCGGAGUGAAGGUGCAGAUGGAUGUCUGGGACGACAUGAUCCAUGUCUGGCCCCUGUUUGCCCCCAUAUUGCCGGAGGGUAAGCAGGCCAUUGCCCAGGCUGGCGAAUUCAUUAAGAAGCAUACCGGAGGCUGA